GCACUUACGUAUUACUAGGUCGUUAUUAGCGAAUUACGCGGUAUUCACGAAGCACCCGUAACUUCAAUCUAUUUCGCAAGUCGUUACUAGUGUUACGUGAGGUGUUCGGGCUUCUUAGCGUGUUAUCAGUCCAUGCUUAGAUAGUUGGACACAUUUUUACACAAGGAGCAUGGCUGCGGCGUUGAUUGUGUUGGAAAAUUUGGAAGCAAGGCGGGCUUUACGACGGCAGCGUGUGUUUAGAGAUCGUCUACAACCGCUUGACGUCUAUGAUGACGUAGAUUUGUACAGACGAUACCGGAUGACUCGGCCGGUCCUUCUCGAAGUUAUCGACCUGUUGCAGGAUGACAUUGCCCCGUAUACGCUGCGCUCGCACGCCGUUCCAGCAACUCUCCAAGUUUGCGUUGCGCUUAGAUAUUUUGCUACUGGCAGUUUGCAGUUGGACAAUGGAGACAUGUCAAAUGGCUUGAGUCAACCUACGAUAUCAAGGAUUAUUACCAGAGUUGCAACUGCUUUGCAGGGUAAAGCAAAACAUUUCAUAACAUUUCCUCGAACAGCUGCUGAGCAAGAACGUCAGAAGGAAGGAUUUUAUACAGAACGCCAUCGGAUUCCGAACGUUAUUGGCUGCGUAGAUGGAUCCCUUAUUCCGAUCAAAUGUCCAUCCGUAAACGAGAAUGCAUACGUGUGCAGGAAACAGUGGCAUGCCAUUAAUGUGCAGGGGAUUUGUACUUAUGAUUUGAAAUUUUCAAAUAUAGUAGCCCGAUGGCCAGGUGCCACCCAUGAUGCGUUUAUCUGGUCCAACUGCAAUUUAAAGGUGAAGAUGGAACGCGGCCUGAAUGAUGGAGGAUACUUGCUCGGUGACAGUGCCUACCCACUUAGACCCUGUCUCAUGACCCCAGUCUCCCGCCCAGCAGAUGCAGCGGACAGACAAUACAACGUUCACCACAGGCGAGUACGAAACAUCAUUGAACGAACCUUUGGAAGAUGGAAAAACCGAUGGAGGUGCUUGCACAAAGAAGGUGGAACUCUUCGAUUAAGCCCCGAGAAGUGUUGCUCGGUGAUCAUUGCAACAUCUGUGCUACAUAACAUCUGUGAAAACCACGGCCUCCCUGUCCCAAACGACCCACCAGCCAAUGUGGAUAAUCCCGAUGAUGACGUCAACAAUAGACCAAUCCUCGAUGUCGAUGUCGAAGAAAGAGGUGUUGGAGAAAGGGCACGCUUGAUAGAUCAGCAUUUCAGGAAUAUGUAAUGAAGCCGUUGUUCUUCCACGUCAAGUCGCUUGCUCUCGAUUUUGACCCGUUCCUUCUCCACAUCAAUUAGUUCAACGGCAUGUGAAAGCUUCUUAUCUGCGAGAGACAAACCAGUUGAAGACGCCUUGGAAGAGCCAGCAGUGGGACGACAGCUCUUGGGUUGUCGGGCAGGACUUGGCGGCGGUGAAGGGGAUCGGGUGUCAUCUUCUGAGCUGCUAUCGUUCGGGCGCGUGAUGGUUGCUGUAACCUUACGAAUUCUCUGGAAAAUACAUUUGAUAGACUUAAAUGCAAAAAGCCAUUAAACAUGAGUGAGGUCUUAGUAUGUCUUUAGUUGUUAUUUACUUCCUUCUCAUAUAGAAGGCCAGUACUGAAACGGGCACGUCAGGAGAUACGUUUUCUUUCCUAAUAACGACACAAGCAAAUGAGAAAAAGCAUUGCACAGAUCGUUGUGCAGCCACCUGGAAAGUUGCGAUCUUCCCUUAUCACUGCUUAUGCCUCCAGUAAUCAA